AUGUCGGCUUCACCCGCCCCCGAGGGCCAGCAGCAAUGGAAGGAGUACAAGAACGCCGAAGGAAGAGUGUAUUGGUCCCAUGUGGUCACGAAGCAGUCGGUGUGGGAGAAGCCCGAGGAUCUCAAGUCGCCCUUUGAGCGCGCGAUGGCCAAGACGGCUUGGAAGAAGUACAACUCGAAGGGCAGAGAGUACUAUGUCAACUCGUCGACCAAGGAGACUCUUUGGGACCUCCCUACGGAGCUUGUGCAGUUGAAGGAGCAGGUCGAGGCUGAAGCGGUCAAGCGGCGCGAGCGCGAGCACAGGAAGGUGACGGGCCAGGGAACCCCUACCCCGCCUCCCGACUCGCGUUCGCCAUCUCCGGGAUCCCAAUCCCCUGCUGGUGCAGGCGCGCUCACGCGUUACCGCGACUCGCGCAGCGCUACCCCGCCGGUCGAGGUCGAGACGGUCGUGAUUCCUCCUGGUGGCUUUACGACACACGAGAAGGCUGAGGCGGCGUUCAUCCACCUGCUGAAGCGCGAGGGUAUCGAUGAAAAGUGGACCUGGGACCAGACGAUGCGCCGCAUUGUCCAGGAUCCGUUGUUCAAGGCUCUGGACACUCUGGCGCAAAAGAAGGCGGCGUUUGAGAAAUGGCUCCAGCAGCUCACGGCUGAGAAGCAGGCCAAGCACGCUGCGCGUAUUGCCGAGCUGCGCCCGCACCUCACGCGCCUGUUUGCCAACUCGGGCAUCAUCGAGAGCUACUCGACGCUUAAGACGGCCAACCAAGCGUUCACGCAGGACAAGUACUGGCGUCGCGCCGAGCCCGAGGUCCGCCGCGAGCUCCUCGAGGCCUACACCACCGAGCUGCGUAACCGCGAGGAACAGCAGCGCCGUCAGAAGAAGGAGGCCAACAUCUCCGCCUUGACCAAGCUUAUCAAGGGCAUGGACAUUACGGUCACGACUCGCUGGAAGACUGCGCAUGAUACCAUCCUUCACUCUGAAGCGUUCCGCAAGGAUCCCUCGCUGCAGAGCAUGGAGACGAUCGACAUUCUCAACGUCUACGACAACUACUCGCGCCAGCUGGAGAAGGAACACGACGACGAAUCUCGCCGCCUGCAUACCGAGUACAAGCGCCGCGCUCGCAAGGCCCGUGACGGGUUCAAGGACCUGUUGCGCGAACUCAAGACCCAGGGCGAGCUCCACCGCACUUCCAAGUGGAAGGACACCCUGCCCAAGUUCCGCACCGACGAGCGAUACACUGCCCUCCUUGGUCUUCCGGGAAGCAGCCCGCUCGACCUGUGGAUGGACGAGGUGGACGGCCUGCAGAUCGAGGCCGAGGAGGUCACCCGCAAGGUCGAGAACGCGCUCAGGGAUGCCGGCAAGGAGCCCCCCAAGCUUGACACGACGCUGGACGAGUUUGAGGCCCUCUGUACUGAAGCCAACAUCCGUGAAUCGCCCGAGCACUGCAAGACUGCCUACGAAGUGAUCCACGGCCGCCUCGCCCGCGCCGCUGCCGAGGAACAGCGCCGCGCAGAGCGUAAGCGCCGGCACAGGAUGGAGGAUCUGCGCGACGCCCUCAAGAAGGUCCGCACCAUCGAGCCCGAGACGACCUAUGAAGAUGCCCUGCCCAAGAUGCAGGACUUGCCCGAGUUCAAGGACAUUGUCGACGAGGAGGACCGCCGCGCUGCGUUUGACAAGCACAUCCGCCGCCUGAAGGACAAGAGCCGCGAGGCAGAGAGCUCCCGCCACCGCAUGGACGUGGAUGACCACGACCACCGUCGUCGCUCCGACCGCGAUCGCGAGCGCGACAGGGACAGGGACAGGGACUACCGUCGUGGCGAGUACCGUGACUCUGACCGGGAUCGCUCCGACAGGGACCGCGACUACCGCCGUGGAGGCGAGUAUCGCUCCUCGCACCGCGACGGCAGGGACCGGGACCGCGAGAGGGAGCGCGACAGAGAGAGGGAGAGGGAGAGGGACAGAGAGCGUGAUAAGGAUCUCGCGAGGGAGAAGGAGAGGGACCGUGAGAGGGAGCGCGAGAGGGACAAGGAACGCGACCGCAGGCCGCGGGAACGUGGCGAUAACCGCGAGCGCGAGCCUGAGGAUCCCCGGGACCCCAAGCGCCGGCGCCUGUCCGAAUCCCGCUCCGCGACCGCGACGACCAAGGAGGACGAUCGCGAGGAGGGCGAGAUUUAG